GUCACGGUUUUUUAGACGGAGGGUAACAUAUGUUAACGGAACUAAAGUUGAGGGUUUAUUUCACAUGAUUUUUAGUUGAGGGUUUUUUUUACGAUUCAUCUUUAGUUGAGGGAUUUAAUUACUAAAAACCCUAUACAUAACAUCUUUAUCUCUUUUUUUUUUCUUUUAACUCAAGUUAAGAUACGUCCAAGAUCGUCAGCAAAAAAAAAAAAAGAAUAAGAAAACAAAUAAACUAGACACGUACCUUCUUCCAAAUCUUUAAGCAAAAAAACUUCUUAUCUCCGUCUCCACUUUUUGUCUCAAGCCAGAAAACUUAACGAACCCUUUUUUAUGAAACAGAGCAUAUCACAGCAGCACAACAGAGACGUUAGACUUCCUGUCUUAAUCUCUCUCUAAAUCUUCUGUUUAACUCCCUUAAGUAAGUUGACUCCUUCUAUCUUCUUAUCUAUUAUUUUUCUCUCUGGUUUUAUUAGCUUUGUAGUUUAAGUCUUAUAAGGAUUAUUUGCUUAACCUCUGUUUUAAUCCUGUAAAAAAAACAGAUACAAUUUGUUGCUCUUUCUUCCUUGAUUGAACGGCUCGGAAAACUGACUUACGUCUACUUGUCAUACGAUUCUGCUCACACUCGGUAUGAUGAAUCUGAUAUAUGUGUUUCUUAAUUUAUGCUAUUCAACUACAGUCUCAGAAGUCUAAAUCUAGACAACUUUGAAAGGCUCGGAAAACUUACGUCUACUUGUUGACUACGUGAUAUAGGUGCCAAUCGGGAGUCUGCUGAUACCUAAUAAAUUAUUCAAAAGCAAAACUGAGGUAAUUAUUUGUUUGACAUUCCUGGUACAUGUACUUAUGCAUUGAGUUAAUGAUUUAUUCAAGUUCUAGAUUGUUUGGUUGCAGAUUUUUUGAAUUUCUAAAUGUCUUCGAGUAAUGCUAAUCAUGCUAUGAGGCAAUGGAUGUAUGCAAGAAUUGAUCCCAAUACCAAUCAGGUCUCUAAUGCAUUUACAGAAGGAUUGAAAUAUUUCAUGGUUGUUGCCAAAAACCAUGUUUUAUUUACUCAAAAGCAGAAAAUAUUUUGCCCGUGUAUUAAGUGUGAGAAUAGAAAAUUUCUUGAUGAGCAAACAGUCACUGGCCAUUUAUAUAACAGAGGAUUUAUGGCCAAUUAUCUUGUUUGGGUUGCACAUGGAGAAGUGUAUGAGGUUGACAAUCACUCACGACAUGCUCAGGAAAAUACAAACACGCCCACAGAUGUUUCCAUGCAAGCUCCAAACUCUUAUGUUGAGAUGAUAAGUGAUGCCUUUAAUGAGCAUACGUCCUCUCAUGAAAGCAUUGAAGAAGAUCCCAACGAAGAAGCCAAAAGAUUUUUCAGUCUGUUAAAUGCAAGCCAAAAUCCAAUAUAUGAUGGAUGUCGAGAAGGACACUCACAAUUGUCAUUGGCGGCUCGAUGUAUGACACUGAAAACAGACUAUAACUUGUCUGAGAAGUGCAUGGAUUAUAUUGCUGAAAUGUUGAAAGACUACAUGCCUGCAGAUAACAAUGCCACUGCUUCAUACUAUGACACAAAGAAACUGAUGCGGUCUUUGGGGCUGCCUUACAAAAAGAUAGAUGUGUGUCAGAAUAAUUGUAUGAUCUUCUGGAAAACCGACGCAGACCUAGAAAGCUGUAAAUUCUGUGGAGCUGCGAGAUUCAAAAGUACAAAAAAACCUGGAAGAAAACAAGUUCCUUUUCGACAAAUGUUUUAUCUGCCAAUAGCUGAUAGACUGAAAAGAUUAUAUCAGUCAAAGAAGACAGCUUCACAUAUGAGGUGGCACAAAGAACAUUAUUCAACUCAGGACAGUAAUGUAAUGAGUCAUCCAUCAGAUGGUGAAGCAUGGAAACACUUUAACCAGGUAGAUCCUGUUUUUCCAAUGAAUCUAGAAAUGUCUAUCUUGGUUUGUGCACAGAUGGAUUUAAUCCUUUUGGUAUGUCUGGUCAAAAUUAUUCGUUGUGGCCGGUGAUUCUUACUCCAUAUAAUCUACCACCUGACAUGUGUAUGAAACGUGAGUUUAUGUUUCUCACAAUAUUAAUCCCUGGUCCAAACCAUCCAAAAAGGAGUUUAGAUGUGUUUUUACAGCCUCUCAUAGAGGAGCUUAAUGGUUUAUGGACUGAUGGAGUUGAGUCAUAUGAUGUAUCGCUGAAGCAGAACUUUACAUUACGAGCUAUGCUUUUAUGGACGAUCAGUGAUUUUCCCGCUUAUGCUAUGUUAUCUGGAUGGACAACUCAUGGUCGUUUAGCAUGUCCUUAUUGUAUGGGUGAUACUGAAGCUUUUUGGCUGAAGCAUGGAAGGAAAACAUGUUGGUUUGAUUGUCACCGUCGUUUUCUUCCAAAAGACCAUCCUCUAUGCCGAAACAAGAAAAACUUCAAAAAAAAUAAAGUAGUUGAUUCUGAUCCACCAACAAUAUAUUCAGGCGAAGAUUUAUGGAGUGAUCAUGUGAUGGGUUUACCAAAGACUGUUAACUGUGGAGGAGAAGGACAUCCAAAAAUAUCGGGAUACGGUGAGAAACAUAAUUGGCAUAAGCAGAGUAUAUUUUGGGAAUUACCUUAUUGGAAACAUCUUCUUCUUCGUCAUAAUCUUGAUGUGAUGCAUAUAGAGAAGAUUUUUUUUGAUAAUAUCAUCAAUACAUUGAUGAAUGUUCAAGGAAAAACAAAAGACAAUGUUAAAUCCCGUCUUGAUUUGGCUGAUAUUUGCAAUCGGAAAGACCUGCAUAUGACUAGUGACGGAAAAGCUCCAGUUCCAUUAUUUAGAUUAUCUCCUCAAUCCAAGACAUGUCUAUUUAAUUGGUUGAAAAAGGAAGUUAAAUUUUCUGAUGGUUAUUCAUCAAAUCUAUCUUCUUCGGUUGAUUUUAAUGGAGGAAAGCUUUCUGGAAUGAAGAGUCAUGAUUGUCAUGUUUUUAUGCAAAGAUUACUUCCAAUAGCUUUUGCGGAGUUAUUACCUAGCAACAUCCAUCAAGCAUUAUUGGGUAUUUAUUCUAUGUACAUAUAAUUCUUCUUACAUAAGUGAUGAAUACAAAUAUUGAUAAUUAUUUUCUUACAGGUAUAAGUUUAUUCUUUCGUGAUCUGUGUGCACGGACCUUGGACAAAGAUUCUGUGGAGAUAUUAACUAGCAAUAUCGCUAUUAUCUUGUGUAACUUGGAAAAAAUAUUUCCACCAUCUUUUUUUGAUGUGAUGGAGCAUUUGAGCGUUCAUCUCCCUUACGAGGCAAAACUAGGUGGUCCAGUCCAAUUUCGAUGGAUGUAUGCGUUUGAAAGAUAUAUGUAUCAUUUGAAGAAGAAGGCAAAAAAUAAAGCUAAAAUUGAAGGAUCCAUCGUAGAACAAUAUGUUAACGAGGAAAUUUCAGAUUUUUGCUCAUAUUAUUUUGAAGCUUAUAUCAGGACUAAAAGUCGCAAUGAUUCUCGCAAUGAUGAUGGAGGUGGCGUCCAUAACAACUUAUUUCCAGAUAUUUCUGAAAUAUUUUUACAAGGUGGAAGAGGCAGUGGAAAAUCUUUGGACUUUUGGUUGGACUCAAAAGAUUAUCAACGUGCGCACUCAUACGUCCUUUUAAAUUGUAGUUAUCUGCAACCCUUUGAAAAGUAAGUUAACUUUAAAUUUGAUAUUGGUCUUAAGAUUAUUAUAUUUCAUAAUACACUGUGAUUUUUGUAUACAGAUUAUUUGAAGAAGACAUAAAAAGGACGUAUCCCACCACAAAUGAGGCUCAGUUGUUUGAUUUAAAAGAACAUCAGUUUGCAUCAUGGUUAGAAAAACAUGUAAGUAUUAAACUGACAUCUAGCAAUAUCUAAAAUAUAAAGUACCUUACUUACUAUAAUGAUUGUAUUUCUCAGAUUGGAGGCGACACAAAUCGCAGUAUAUAUCCGUUAUGGUUGCAUGACUUGGUACACGGACCGGCAACUAAAGUAACCUCUUGGCCAAUAUAUUUUUGUCGAGGAUACAACUUCCAUACGCUAGAUCAUGGAAAAGAUCGCAGUACGUUCAACUAUGGUGUUUGUGUGAAAGGAACAUCUGAUUUAACUGAAGAAUCUGAAUGUUAUGGAAUCAUAAAACAAAUAUUUGAGUUGUAUUAUCCAGGAGUUGUUGGUCUUCGAAUUGUACUUUUCAGAUGCGAUUGGUAUGACUCAACAAUGGAUAAAGGUGUACGCAUAAACAGAUCUGGGAUCGUUGAUGUUAAUCGCUCUAGACGGUACGGAAAAUAUGAUCCGUUUAUUUUUGCUAGCCAAGCGGACCAAGUAUGCUUUAUAUCAUAUCCUCGUCUAAGCGAAAAGAAUAGUGAUUGGUAUGCUACAAUGAAGAUGCAACCAAGGGGAAAAGUUAUAUGCAGUGAGGAAUUGGAUCCGAGUCCUUUACAAUACGAGAGUGAUAAUACUGUUAUUGUGGCUGAUCCAUUUAUCACAGUCAAUGAUUUAGCUGACCAACAAGAACAGUUUGUCAACCUGCAUGAUGUUCUUGAUGAGGAACUAGACUCAGAACAAGAUGACGAAGUAUCUCAAGAUUCUCAAUCAACAGAAGACAGUUCAGACUUCUGAGACGUCUAGACGUGAAACUGCGACCAAGAAGAUGACAAAUCCUCUUUUUAUUCUUUAGUUUUCUUACAUUGACAUCUUGAUUAUUAACAGCUCUCUUUUUUUUCUUUUGAAACACUUACCAGCUCAUUCUUCCUUUAAUUGUUUAAACUGUCUCUAUUUCAGCAUUUUUAAAUUUAUUUCUAAAUUCAUCGACCUAUUUUUCUCUCAUUUAUAUAUUAAUUUAUCUCCUAUUUAGCAAAGUAUGAAAAACAGAGUGAUGUGUUCAAAAAAAAAAAGAAGAAAAACAGAGUGUUACACUCGUGGUUCCUUGGCUCUGCGAAUUUGGUUAACAAUUGGGCUUAUCACGGGAUCGGGCCUGAUUUUUCAUACAGAACAGUGAGGACCCUUGACCAUAUGCUUUCCUUUGUUUCUUCACCUGAGAAAAAAAAAGAGCGACAGAGCGGCGAUGGCUAUUCGGAAGCGAUCUUCACAGCCACAACAGAUGGAGCUCCGGCGAUAGCAGUUCAAGCUUGGAUGGUGCUCUCGGACUUCCCCUGGUCUUCAAUCUGCUGCAGAGAAGCUGAACCGACAACACAUCCGAGCAUUGGCGAUGGGUUCUUCUUCUCUUCUUCCUCCUCAGGCUUCUACUGUUUACAUAUGAGGACGACAUGCAUGUACAGAGUUAACUCUUUUCUAUCGGUGAACUCCUCAACUUCUAUAACUCUUUUCUGUCGUUUCAUGGUUGUGUAUGGAAACAGACCUGUGGUCCUGACUCUUUUAUGUCGUCUCAUGGUUAUAUUUUCUUUCUACUACUGCCGAAAAUAUAGUUUCUUGUUGUUACUUGAGAGUGACUGUGUUUACUGGUUUUCGUAUAGUUUUUUAUUCUCUUUUCAAGCAUGUAUGUGCUCUGUUUUGACUGAUUUUCAGUAGAUGACUUUGUUUAAUUGUUUUAACGGUUUGAAUUUUGAAAUGGUAAAUUCAGUUUUGGUAAGUUAUUCUAGUUUCAUACUAAAAGUUCUAUACUUUUGAGUUUUAUUUGAAAAUUUAUUAAAUAGUUCACAAGAAAUGAGCUUGUAACUACGAAUAUAUUUACUUUUUAGUCAAAUGUUUUUCCCUCCUUAUAUUUCAUUUGCCGCUUCACUUUAGUUUGUUUAGAGAAUAUUAUGCUAAAAAGAUAUGGAUAUACCAAUAUCGGGAGGUUUAGAUUUUGUUAUUUUCAUAUGCAUAUAUAUUUAUAUACAGCCUAUACGGUGUUUUUAACAAUCCAGUAAACUUCUGCAUCGCAGUUCUUUGAAAGCAACUCAUCUCCAGAUGGCAAAUGAGGGUGAAAAUCAUGGAGCAGCCCAACCUAUGAAUGUCUUAGGUUCAAACGUGAUUCCGUAAUCACUAGUGAGAUAAGAACAAUCAUCCGAUCUGAUUUUCCUGGCCCAUAUAGAAACUGGUCAACUACCCCGAAACAUGUAAAAGAGCGAUGGUGGUUCACAUUCAAGGUAUAUCACAAAACAUUACAUAUACAAAAAAAUUAAAAAAAAAUCUUGUUUUAUGUUUCCAUUGGAAUAGAAAUACUUAUGCCAUAUGUAUAGCGCUCUUACAUUUUUAAAAAAUAUAUUUCAGAGCAAAUUCUUUUGGAAUGACUUGAUUGAAUCCGAGGUGCGUAAGAUGUUUUGCAAAUGUGCUGCGACUAAACUGAUCGAUAUGAUCAGCCGAGUAAAAGAAAGAGGUAAACAGCCAUAUUGGAUCCUUGAUGAUUACUACAAAGACUUGGUUGCCUACUGGGGAACAGAUAAAGCUAAGGAAAAAAGUAAAAAAGCGUCUAAGAGUCGAAUGUCAGAUCGAAACGGGCUGGGACCUCAUAAACACCGAGCUGGCUCACGUUCAUAUGCUAGGGUUGCCGAUAUAUUGGUAAGACACUUGUUUUCAUAUGUACUACUUUAAAUAUUAUUUUCUAACACUUCUAUUUUGUAGAAAGAAAAGAACGGAGAUGCAUCUUACAUUGAUGUUCUUCGUGAGACACACAAGAAAUCAGACGGGUCAUUUGUGGAUGAAAGGGCAAGGCUAAUUAGUGAAGGAUUUGAAAAAAAUGUAGCUGAUCAUAUGCUUGAAGAUGAUAUCCUAGUCACAGAAGAGCUAACUUCUGAGAAGAAGAAUCAAAUGUAUUUGAAGGUAAUGCAAUAGUUCUAAAAAUCUUUUUAUUUUCCUAGAUUUCUUCAUAGAUUUUUUUUGUCUUACAUAUAUUAUAUUCUACAGUUGGUUGAUUCAACACAAGGUCGUGUGUUUGGUCUUGGAGCUCUUCUUAGUGAGGUUUCCCUCAAUGCUAAAAUGCCAGUCACCAUUGAAACCCACUUAGAAAGUGAUGAGUUCAAGAAAAAGGUGGAAGACAUUUCUCAAGAAAAUGAAGAUAUCAAAGAAAGGCUGAGCAAACUUGAAGGCUUGGAGAAAAUGAUUGCCAUCCUUUGUCCAGCUAUUCUAUCCAGGGGUGUCAACAACAACCAAGUUUAAAUUGGCUGCUUUUGUUAUUUUUCGAAGGUUUUAUUAGUUUUAUUCUACUUUUAAAUUAUUGCUGGAUUUUCUCUAUUAAUGCAUUGUUGAUUUUUUUGAAUAUUUUAGUUUAUUUAAUAAAAUUGGUCAUUUGACUUUUGUUUAUUAUAAAAUAUAUAUAUAUAUAUAUAUAUAUAUAUCAUAAAAGCUAAAUAAAACAUCAAAUAUUGCUUAUAAAAAAACAAUUAAUCUAUGCAACGUUGUUGAUAUCUACUAAUUUUAUUAAAAUAUUAAUUGUUAACCAUAUAGUAGCCACGUCAAAAAAUAUUGGCAACAAAUGUACUAUUUAAAAAUAAUUAUAGGAAAAUUUGCAACAAAAUUAGCUACAUCUUUUAUAUAGCAAAUUUUGUAACAAUUUUAAUUGCAACGUUAAAAUUGUACCAAUAUAUUUUUCUAUAUAUUUUGUUGCAUUAAUAUUACUAAAUUUCAGAAAACAAUAAUUGCAAAUUUGCAAUGUUGUUUGCUAUAUAUUUUACGUAGCAAUGACUUGCCACCAUUUAUGGUUACAAAAUAUGUUGUAAAUAUACAACAAAAUUGCUAUAAAAAAUUGUUGCAAUAAUAUGACAUAUAUAGCAACAUUUCAAUUUGUUGCUAAUUUUGCUACGUAUAUGCAACAAACAUGGAUUUGCAACAUUCAAACAGCAAGAAGUUAAAAUUUGUUGCAAUUUUAUUGCAAUUUUAUAUUUGCAACAAUAUAUGAGCAUAUUGCAACAAUAUAUCAUUAUUGCAAUAGAGCUCUUUUCUUGUAGUGUCUCAACUCUAGUCAAUGGUACAAUAGAAAGAACACUUGGAGGAAUACCUUUAAAGGGACCGGUUCUGUAUGUUGGCAAUCACAUAUUCCUUGAUCUUGAACUGCGUCCAGCAGCAAUUCAUUUCUUAAAAAAGAGGAACAUUAUCUUCUGUGGCCUGGCACAUCCUGUGAUGUUUGCCAAAAAUAUAAGCUCAAAGCUCCCUGAUGUGCAGAUGUUCCUCACAGUUAGGAUAAUAGGCGCAGUUCCUGUCGCAAACAUGAAUUUCUACAAGCUGCUUCGUUCAAAGGCUCAUGGGGUGUUGUAUCCUGAAGAUGUAUGUGCAGCUUUGCACAGAAAAGUAGUCAACAGUUUUUGUUUUCUCCAUGUAUGGCUUUGACACAUUUUCUGUAGAUCAUUUGUAAAUGAUAAUAAAUCAUUUAUAGGACUUUCUAAAUAUCUGUUAUCAUU